AUGACUCGUCUAACGGUGUCCUUGUUGGCCACCUUGAUAGUGUACUUUGCUUACCAGCUGCUGGCGAGUGAGGCGCUGCCUACCAGCGCAAUUGGAAAUUCCCCGGGAACCGCUGAAAGUAAUCUACCAAGUGAGGAAAAUGUGAUCAAAAGUGUGAACAAGUGGCUGAAAAGUGCAUACAAUCAACGACAGCGAGCAACGUCGGCAAAGGCCAAUGGAGGCCGCUACGGACCCCUGGCUCUGCUACGACGGUCACAGAAUCCGGUGGAAUCCGCUGUUGUUGCUGGUGUGGGUGGCAAAAGUCCGUACAACUACCUGUCAGACGUGAGCUUGUUCGAGGACGACGAUAUCGAGAAACGGUUCGACGACUACGGCCACAUGCGCUUCGGCAAGCGAGGCGGCGAAGGUGAACAGUUCGACGAUUACGGUCACAUGCGAUUCGGACGGUAA